AUGGCUUAUCACGAAGUUAGUAGACACGUGAACUUGGAUGCUACUCCUAGUCCAGGUGAAAGGUUUACACUCAUUGACCUUAUAGGAGAAGGAACUUACGGAGAAGUUUUUAGCGCGAGAGAUAAUGACGCGAAUAGACUUGUUGCUAUCAAAAUAAUGGAAAAUUUAAAUGAAAAUUUAGAAGAGAUAGAAGAAGAAUAUUUGGUGUUUCGAGAUUUGAGCCUUCAUCCGAACAUUCCGGCAUUUUAUGGAAUGUAUAUAAAAAGAGGACCGUCUCCAGAAGUCGAUCAAGUAUGGUUUGUUAUGGAACUUUGCACGGGAGGCUCCGUAACGGAUUUGGUUCAAGGUCUUAAAGAACGAGGACGUCGUUUGACCGAAGAUCAAUUGGCGUAUAUUAUUCGCGAAACGGUUGAAGCUCUUGUUUAUCUUCAUGCCAAUCAUUGCAUGCAUAGAGACAUAAAAGGUCAUAAUAUUUUAUUGACGGAAAAUGGUUGCGUAAAACUCGUCGAUUUCGGCGUCGCAUCGCAUUUAUCAGCCACUUUAGGUAAAAGAAACACGUCCGUUGGUACACCCUAUUGGAUGGCGCCCGAGGUCAUCGCGUGCGAACAACAAAUGGAAGCUUGGUACGAUGCACGUUGCGAUAUUUGGUCAUUGGGAAUCACCGCCAUCGAAUUGGCAGAAGGUGAUCCACCUUUGUGCGAAUUACAUCCCAUGAGAGCACUUUUUCAAAUCCCUAGAAAUCCACCGCCGACUCUAUCCCGACCCGACGAAUGGAGUUCGGAAUUUAACGACUUCAUAUCGGAAUGUCUCGUGAAAGAUUUGGAACAAAGGCCUGUGGCUAAAGAAUUAUUAUCCCAUCCUUUUAUAAAACGUGGAUUUUUAGUCGCGGAAAGAGCUCGAUACACGUUUCAAGAGGAAAUAAGAAAUCAAAGAAACGAAAAGUACAAACCCGGUCAUCCGGAAAUGACAAUGAAGCAUGGAAAAUUAAGAUCCGACAGAAAAACACGUCCGCAAAAAAUUUACGUGGAUGAUUUGGCUUCGCUAGAUCAACUUACCGAAGAUUUAAUUGUUGACCAACUAAAAAGCAGGUACGAAGCAAAUCAGAUAUACACUUACAUCGGUGAUAUACUUAUUGCCGUUAAUCCUUUCACUUGUCUUAAAUUAUACACGGAAUACGAGCAACUUAAAUACAAAGGAGGAGGACGUUCGAAUAAUUCUCCCCACAUUUUUGCCGUCGCGGGUGCGACCUACCAAGCGUUAUUUCAUCAGAAAACAUCACAGGCUAUUGUUAUAAGCGGGGAAUCCGGUGCUGGUAAAACAGAAAGUGCAAAUUUACUCCUUAAACAACUUGUUUAUUUGGCAAAAUCAUCGAAUAGAUCUUUGGAAGAAAGAAUUCUUCAAGUAAAUCAAAUAAUGGAAGCGUUCGGUAAUGCCCGAACGGGAAUCAAUGCCAAUUCAUCGAGAUUUGGAAAAUUUUUAGAUGUGAAUCUUACGAAAGGAGGAAAAAUAACGGGAGCAAAAGUUUCGUUAUAUCUUUUGGAACAGUCUAGAGUCGUUCAACAACCGGAAGGAGAAAGAAAUUUUCACGUUUUUUACUAUCUCUACGACGGUUUGGAACACGAAAAACGUUUACACGAAUUUUUUUUAAGUUCGGAAUUGAGAAGACGUCACACGUACCUCACGCAAGAUUCUGCGGAUCCUUAUCACAAAAAAUCAAACGUUGAUAAAUUUUUACAAUUAAAAUCCGCUUUGGCAUUGAUAGGAUUCACAAAAGAAGAAAUAAAUAACGUGUACAGGAUAUUAGCCGGGAUUUUACAUUUGGGUGAUGUCGUUUUCGUCGAAGUAGCAUCCGACGACAACACGGAUAACAAAAGUCGCGUUCUCGACAUGCUACCCCUACGGAAAGUAUCGAAACUUUUAGGAGUCGAUUCGGAUGAACUUUUAGAAGCUCUCACAUCGAGUUCUGUCGUAACAAAAGGAGAAACCAUAACCAGAAACAAUUCGAUGCUAGAAUCCGGUGUGGCGAGGGAUGCGACAGCCAAAGGAUUGUACGGUAGAUUAUUCGAUUGGUUAGUCAACCAGAUAAACUGUUUAUUGUGUCCUCAAACGGAAGCCGAACCCUUGUCGAUCGGUUUAUUAGACAUUUUUGGUUUUGAAAACUUUCCAAAAAAUUCAUUCGAACAACUUUGUAUAAACAUUGCCAACGAGCAAAUACAAUUUUAUUUUAAUCAAUAUAUAUUUAUGUGGGAGCAACAGGAAUACAUGGCGGAAGGGAUUCCGGUUAAUUUGGUUGAAUUUAGCAACAAUCGACCCGUAUUAGACAUGCUUUUAUCGAGGCCCAUGGGUCUCCUUUCUCUACUCGACGAAGAAAGUAGAUUUCCCAGAUCUAAUGAUACGUCACUAAUCGAUAAAUUUCACGCAAACAUUAAAAGUAAAUAUUACAUAAGACCAAAAUCAAACGCCCUAUGUUUUGCUGUCCAGCAUUAUGCUGGAAAAGUCGUUUAUAAAGCUGAUGGAUUUUUAGAAAAAAAUAGAAAUUUUCUACCACCUGGAAUAAUUCAACUUUUAAGAUUAUCAUCAUUGGAUACUGUCAGAUUUCUUUUUGAAUGUCCGAUAACAAAAACUGGAAAUCUUUAUUCGUCGGUACAGGAUUCCAGCUUAACUUUAAGUCCCUCAAGUUCUUUAGAAAAAUGUGACAGUCAAGGAUUGGCAUCGCAAUCGAGAACGCAACAAACGGUUGCGACAUAUUUUAGAUUUUCAUUAAAAGAUUUAUUACAAAAGGUCAUGUCUGGAACUCCACAAUUCGUGAGGUGCAUAAAACCAAACGACAGCAGAACGUCUCAUUGUUUCGACACUCCAAAAGUAAUCAAGCAACUCAGAUAUACUGGAAUACUGGAAACAAUAAGAAUAAGACAAAAUGGAUUUUCACAAAGGAUUCCAUUCGCUGAUUUUCUUUCCAGAUAUUGUUUUCUGGCGUUCGGUUGGGACGAACGUGUCGUUGCUUCAAGAGAAAAUUGCCGUCUUCUUCUCGUCAGAUUAAAAAUGGACGGAUGGGCGUUAGGGAAAACAAAAGUUUUUCUUAAAUACUAUCAUACGGAAUAUUUGACAAAAUUACAUGAUAGCGAGAUACGGAAAAUAAUUUUGGCUCAAGCCUGCGUAAGAAGAUGGUUAGCUAGGAUGAAAUAUCAAAAAAUGAGAAAAGAUUUGGCUUUAAGUGCAAUCACUUUGCAACGAUACGUACGAGGAUGGCUCACGCGAAGAAGAUUCGAAAUAAAUCGGCAAAUAGAAAAUCAAAAAAAUGCAGAAAAGGAAGUUAAUAAUAAUAACGUUAAAGAAACAUCAUCGGAGGCAAAAACAAGUGAUAAAGAAAAUGAAGAACCGCACGAACACAGAAUAAGACAAAAUAAAAAUUUAAAUUUAGGACAAUUAAGUCUCGAAGAAGCUGCCGUCGUCAUACAAAGUCAUUUCAGAGGAUAUACGGUGAGGCGAAAAUACGGAGCAGCAUUAGAAAAAAGAAUAAAAGAAGUUUUGGUUUUGUGCAAGGAUCCAAAAACAGCACAGUGCGCUUUAGAGAAAUUUUAA